UCUGCAUUAGUCGGAUGCCCGUCUUCUCAUAAGAGUUGAGCAUUGAUUGUGAUGCUGCGGAUCAGACAUGUCCGUGCUGCUGCUCCUCGCUUUCUCCCUGACACUGGCCGGUACUUUCAGCCCAGCUAUCUGCGAUCCUAACGCCACCCGGCUACACCUCCUUGGUCUCUACCCGAUGACUGGCUCCUUUGCGGGUGGAGAAGCCUUCCUGCCUGCCAGUCAACUUGCUGCCCAAGACGUCAACGCCAACCCUGAUGUGUUGCCUGGAUACCAGUUAGUCAUCAAACCACUAGACACAAAGUGUGAUGGAGGGACGGCUACGGACGUAAUGUACCGGGAACUUUACAACACCACAACUACUAAGAUCAUGAUAAUUGGCGCCGGCUGCUCUUUAGGCACAGAACCCACGGCCCAGGCUUCACACCACUGGAACCUGAUUCAGUUGUCGUAUAGUGCCUCGUCUCCCGAGCUUUCUAACCGCGACAGAUAUCCCCGUUUCUUCCGGAUGUUUCCGCCGGAAUCUGUCUUCAAUCUGGUGUGGUUGGCUGUAAUAAAGGAGUUCAAGUGGACCAAAGUAGCCACUCUGCACCAAUCGGUCGACCUGUUCUCGCUAGCAAUGUCUGACUUUCAAGAAGACGCCAAGGCCAUGGGAAUUGAAAUCCUCGCUGCAGAAAGCUUUGUCGAUAAUCCUAUUAUACAAGUUGAAAACAUCAAGAAUACUGGAGCCCGUAUUAUUAUGGGAAAUUUCUAUCCGAAUAUGGCGAGGAGAGUUUUCUGCGCUGCCUACCAUCACCAACUGUAUGGUGCCAAAUAUGUUUGGUUCGUACCGGGUUGGUUCGAGGCGUUGUGGUGGCGGAAACCAGACGAUUCCAUAGACUGUACAGUGGACCAGAUGGACGAGGUGGUAGCCCAUACCUUCCAAGUGAACAUCAUCGCACUACCAACGGGAAGGAAUAAGCCAUCGAAAAUGGGAGUGACGACAGAGGUAUUUACACGGAGGUUCCAUGACUUCGUCGGGAAUGGGGCAGAGUUGCUGACGAGUUACAAGGAAUGCGCCUUGGGUUACGACUCCGUUUGGGCCAUCGCCUUUGCCCUCGAAGAAGCCGAAAAACAACUUCAAGCUUUGGAUACUCCAAGGUCCCUUUCUGAUUUUACUUACACGGAUAAUGUGACAGUGGACAUCCUUUUCAGAAUCCUCAGUGACAUGCAGUUUGAAGGCGUCUCGGGUCCGGUCAAGUUCGAUGACAAAGGCGACCGCAUUUGCUUACUUGAUCUGCAUCAAAUCAGAGACCAUCAAUCUGUUCUUGUUGGCAUCGUGGACACAACCACUGGUACAGGCAACGACCUACAGCUAGAUGGGUACCAGCCAAUACACUGGCCAGAUGGUGUGCCCCCUAUCGAUUUCAUUCGGGUGAGGGAAGACAAACAGACCAUCAAAUAUCCUAUAUUUGUAACGGGCGUUGUGUUCGCAUUGUUAGGCAUCGUGCUAGCGUGUUGCUUCUUGGCUUUCAACAUCCGUUUCAGAACAACACGUGUGAUCAAAAUGUCGAGUCCCAAUAUCAACAACUUGAUGCUGAUUGGUGGAAUGCUAGCCUACGUUUCCAUCAUAUUCCUGGGUGUGGAUGUCAACAUCGCAUCCACUGACACCUUUGUGUUCAUGUGUAAGGUCAAAACGUGGCUUCUGACAAUUGGAUUCUCUACGGCCUUUGGCGCCAUGUUUAGCAAGACAUGGCGGGUGCAUAAGAUUUUCACCAACAAGACGGCCAUGAAACUGGAUUUACAGGACAGCAGACUGUGCAGCUUCAUAGCAGCUCUGGUGGUUGUUGAUGUCAUCAUUCUUUCUAUAUGGACUGCUACGGAUCCAGUGAAAGCAACCAAAAUGCAAGGAACAAAAGUGGUUGACCCCGAUGAGGAUGACAUCGUUUACAUACCGAUCCGUAUGAUGUGCGAGUCUAGCAACCAGACUUACUGGAUUGGUGCCUUCUACGUCAUUGAUGGUCUCCUGCUGAUAUUUGGAGCUUUUCUGGCCUGGGAGACCAGGAAAGUCUCCAUCCCGGCACUAAAUGACUCCAAGUAUAUUGGCAUAUGUGUCUACAACAUCUUGAUCUUGUCCCUCAUUGGCGCCCCGGUGUCGUUCAUUCUGGAGGAGCAAAACGCCCUCUACGUACUGCAAGCUGCCCUGAUAUGGCUGGCCGCUACGCUGACACUCUGUGUAGUGUUUAUUCCUAAGAUACGAAAGAGAAAUGACGUCAACCCAACUCAAAGCACUAUGGUGUCUCGUGUAGCACAGAGUGAAGGAAGCACAAGCGUUGUUGAUACGCAGAACGAGGUGGAUAUGCAGAGGGAGCUUCAACGGCUGCGUCAGGAAAAUAUCCGAUUGAAGAACAAGAUUCUUCUCGGCCAGAGCAGCACUACCUUGGACUAGUAUCCAGAACCCACCUCGGAUCUUAAUUGAUGCAAUCAGAUUUGCAGUGAUGUGAUAUGAUUAUGUGAUUUACACCUUGAAUGCACGUUCGACACGUUUCGACUGACAUUACUUUAAAAUUAAUGUUUUAUUUCUGCACGUAGUAAAUAU